ACGAGGCCCAGGACUCCGAGAAUGUCGAGUGUAGGGUGGGCUAGUGAUUGUCCGUCGUCGUACGGCGCAUCUCUACCGCGAGCACGAAACCGACGGUCACACGGCGCAUCGCGCGCGCACGCCGCUCGACGCGAUGCACCCACGGAACGCGAACUGACAGCUAUCGCGCGCCGUUCAUUAUCGGAGGGGAAGAGAGAAGAGAACCACCUUCACCUGCGCUCGCGCCGCUCACGACUGCUUCGCUUCUCCGCUACUCUGCUCUUGCUCUUGCUAGUUGCUCUUGCGCGCGACCGGCCGGCAACCAACGGCGAACGGCCACCAACGGCGCCGAUAUACACUAUACAAAUUUUACUGGAUCUCCUGUCGCAUUUCAUGUCGCGUGAUUCGGACGGCAAUGAAAGCGAGAAAUGAACAAAG